ACUGGGAAGCUGCGGCAAGCGUGGAGUGGCUACACUAAGUAGGAAAAUGACCGACAGUGACCUCAAACACACGACGAUAUAGCGAUUGAGUCUCCCCGUCGUAGUUAUUGACAGGAUUUGCCAUGAAAUUAAUGAAUCGCUGUCGAAAUUAGACUGUGUUUUAGUCGGUCGUUAAAGCAUUGCUCGCUAUUUUAGGUGCAUAACGUCGCUGCAUAGAUAGGCUACUGAGAGAUUUUCCCUCCGGCGAAGGCUGGUAACAUAACUGGUUUGCAGUCAUUGAACGUGAAGGUAGCACAGGUUAGGUUAGCCAGCUAUGGAUAAAGCGAAAUCAAUAAUGGACCAAAAGGGAUCUGGCCCUUGUUAUUCGAACGGAUUGCAAAAAUCUUUUCGGGCUCAGCUUGCUAACAGUGGCUGCAAUCCAUACAGCCCGAACGGAGGCUGCAGCACCAACGGGAAUGACAAUUUCCACCAUCUUCAUUAUGAUCCUGAAACGAAUGGUUCGCCUGCUAAAAGGUGUCGACUUCGGAGACGAGUGGAAUCAGUGAAAAAGAAUAGACCACCCUUCCCCUGGUUCGGCAUGGACAUCGGCGGCACCCUGGUGAAGCUGGUCUACUUCGAGCCCAAGGACAUCACGGCGGAGGAGGAGCAGGAGGAGGUGGAGAACCUGAAGAGCAUCCGCCGCUACCUGACGUCCAACACGGCCUACGGCAAGACGGGUGUCCGCGACGUCCACCUGGAGCUGCGCAGCCUGAGCAUCUGCGGCCGCACGGGCAACCUGCACUUCAUCCGCUUCCCCACACUGGCCAUGCACCGCUUCAUCCAGAUGGGCCGCGACAAGAACUUCUCCAGCCUGCACACCGCGCUCUGCGCCACCGGCGGCGGCGCCUACAAGUUCGAGAGCGACUUCAGGACGAUGGCGGACCUGGAGCUGCUGAAGCUGGACGAGCUGGACUGCCUGAUCCACGGGCUGCUGUACGUCGACUCCGUGGGCUUCAACGGGCACCCCGAGUGCUACUACUUCGAGAACCCUUCCGACACCCAGAACUGCGUCAAGAAGCCCUGCUGCCUGGACAACCCCUUCCCCAUGCUGCUGGUGAACAUCGGCUCAGGGGUCAGCAUCCUGGCCGUCUACUCCAAGGACAACUACAAACGCGUCACGGGAACCAGCCUGGGCGGGGGCACGUUUCUGGGCCUGUGCUGUCUGCUGACGGGCUGCGAGACCUUUGAGGAGGCCCUAGAGAUGGCCAGCAAAGGGGACAGCACCAAUGUGGACAAGCUGGUGAAGGACAUCUACGGAGGGGACUACGAGCGCUUCGGCCUGCAAGGGUCUGCAGUGGCCUCCAGUUUUGGGCACAUGAUGAGCAAGGAGAAGAGGGAGAGCAUCUCCAAAGAGGACCUGGCCAGAGCCACUCUGGUGACCAUCACAAACAACAUCGGCUCCAUCGCACGCAUGUGUGCCGUCAAUGAGAAAAUCGAGCGAGUGGUGUUUGUGGGGAACUUCCUGAGGAUAAACACAGUGUCCACCAAGCUCCUGGCGUAUGCAAUGGACUUCUGGUCCAAGGGCCAGCUUAGGGCUCUGUUCUUAGAGCAUGAGGGGUAUUUUGGAGCAGUUGGGGCAUUUUUAGAGCUUCUGAAGUCCUCAGAGGAAGCUUAAGAAGUGGCAUCGGAAUCAUCACCCAGACAAAAGCUGCUCAACGGUCUCCUAACGGACACCAGCACAGGAAAAUGGGAAUUUGGAAUUUGUGGGGGAAACUGGGAAUACUUGGAAAAGCCAUGUAAUAAUUUAACUGUAUAUAUUCUAAACACUACUCUUUCCCCCUCAGAGCUCCCUUAUCCCUUUUAAAAGAGUUUUAUAUGACUAACUUAAAAGCCUUGUCUGUGAGACACACACAAGAUUUUGUUUAUUGUUUAUGUUUUGUUAAUUUUCUGUUUGUUGUUCUUUGGAAAUGCAUGUAAAUAUUCAUUCUAUGUUGUUUUUAGAGUGUUCACUAAAUGCCAAACCCUGCUGAGAUUUUAUGAGUGUUGAAACUUCCUGGCUUCCUGUAUACUGUGCACCAGUAGGGGCAGCCUUCCUUCUAAGAAACAAUUACCUUUUCCCUUAACAGGCUUUGUUAGUUUGUUUUGAUGCAGUCAGAGGUCCCAUUCAAAUACGGGCAACCUGCCGUGUAGUUGGUGGUGGAUUUUGUUGUUAUUGUUCUUUUGUUUGUUUUGUUUGGCUUUUGUGUUGUUGCUUGCACCUUGAGGUUCAGUUUGGAUGUAGCGUCACCUUCUCUUCUGCUAAUCUCAGAGUCGCUCCGUUCUGAAUAACGCAGCUAGCGGACUUUAAGGCGUCAGACAAGCACGUUCCUCCAUCACAUUAAUGGAAUGCCGUUGCUUUGACAGAGAGGGGAACGUUGAGUGUGACUAUUUAUUGCAGUAUACAUUCUCUGCCGUUUUCUGAAAGACACAUUUUUGUUUUCAGUCAUGUUGUUCAGUAAGUGUUCUCCUAAUAGAUGUCUACGCGUGUUUGAGAACUGGUCUUGGGAGAGGAAAUAAGACAGGAUCUUUGGCUAUAGCUCCGCAGUAUGGGACCAAUGUAUUUGACAGGCAUGCACGGUCGGUCACCCUCAGUCCUUUGCACACCACCCUGUUAUUGCAUAGGCCACAUUAAUUCUUGGAGGACCCAAAGAGGCGUGCAUGGUUGUUUCCCUCCUCUCAGCCGCUAAUUGCAGACAGUUCACAGGAUGAGGUCCCCUCCUAUCAGCACAUUGGCAUUGUGAAACCGAGGCGGUGUGCUCUUAAGUACAUACCAGUGGUAACCAGUGGUAACCUGUGCUUCAGGGAACUACAAAGCCGCAGAGCAUCACAUUUUCUUUUUUCUUCUCCUCUUCCUCCCUCUUAAUUUUGAUUUCAGCCUGCCUUCUCAUCUUCUAAGAUGGUGUGCCCUUUCUUUCAUCUACAUGUCUCAUGUCAUGUCACCCAUCACCUUUAUCCAAGGAGCUCUGUAGCCAGCCACAGUGUGUGUGUGUGUGUGUGUGUGUGUGUGUGUGUGUGUGUGUGUGUGUGUGUGUGUGUGUGUGUGUGUGUGUGUGUGUGUGUGUGUGUGUGUGUGUGUGUGUGUGUGUGUGUGUGUGUCAACAACACUAUGUAUUAGCUCCAGCCAGUUCUUUAUCUCACAGUGCCAGACAGUAGAACAGUUUCUAUUUUGGAUCACACAGAUUAACAAGAUUUCAGAUGAGAAAUUUCAGGAUCUUAGUUGGCCUGUUUUGUCGGAUGGCGUCACUUGGCAGUGUCUAACUGUAUCCCUGGUUCCUUCUGUUUCUUUCUGUUUUCUUUAGCUGGUUGUGUAGAUGCUUAGGCUAGAAAGGUACGGCUAUCCACCUCUCUACCCCACCUCUGCCCUUCUUUAUGCUCCAUGUGUUGUUGCCUUCUUGUCCUCAUUGUCUAUUUGUUAUGGCCUCUGUUAGCAACGCGCUAAUGCUAAAGCUAACACCAAUGCCAACACAGUGCCCUCUAGAGGUGACUUUGAGGAUGUUUUUGGCCUUCACCGCUGUAAAUGCAGGCAGUAGAGGUUUUAUCUAACAGUGUGGACGCUAGCGUCAAUAUUCCUGUCAGUAUGAGUUUAUACACAGUAGAGACAAUUUAGCAGCAUCUUGCCCCAUUCUCUAUGAAGUGUUUUGGUUGCCUUCUUUUUUGUUUUGGUUACCAUGUUUUCAUUUGUCUUGUACGUUCUGUUUGUUUCGGUUCUGUUGGUGUUUGUAUCAUGCUAAUGUUUUGGUUUUACUGCUUUUGUUUUUUUGUUUCAUGUCAUUUAAACACACGUUUUGCAGAAAUCUUUCAGUGGUUUAACCACAGCGAGUGACAAAGAGAUACAGUUAGUUUUAUUGUUUUUAUAAAUGUUGAAACUCAUUUAAUGUUUGGCCCAACUGCCACAGAGUAAAAAAAUGAACUUGAAGGAUAUGCUGCAGAAUUAAGGACCCGUGCAGUUCAGGAAAUGCAGGAAAAUGUGGGGUCUUUUAACCCCUGAAUGGUUUUGUGUUGGUUUUGCUGGAUUUGUGUGAGAGAAACUACUACUGCUAUACAUGUGUGCACUUAAGCAAAUGAAUUAAUCACUGUUUAUCUAUAAACACUGUGCUCUGCAUUGUUUCCAUGAUUUAUGGUCAAGUCGGCCUUUCACAGUGAGUAAUAUCAAUGUCUCGGGUAGUGCCUGCCUACCAAUGCAGUGUUUUACUCAUUCAAUUAAUUCGUUUUUUGUUUCUGUCAUUUUAAGUGAGGAACUACAGUAAAAUUUACUGUGGCUUGAGAUUGUGUUGCUCAUGUGUUAUUAACUUCAAGGUGAAAUCACAGUGAAUCUCCAUUCCUGAGAAACUAGGUCAGUGGUAAGAGUGCCAUUGUUCUGUUAGGACACAUUGCAUUUGAUACUCUUUCAGAAAGCUAAUAGUUAUCUUUGCAUGGAACACUUGUUGUAAGAAGUUCUGACACAUAGUUUUCCCAGCUGAUCUCCAACAUGACCUGUUGGAGGUUCCAUCGCAGUUAGUCAGCAACAUAUCCACAUACCCAUUAUAUAGUACCUGUGUAAAUGCAGGUGAGGCACAUCUCACCUCACUUUGAGCUGGCCGGUCUUUGGUAUUAUUUGCCCUCAAUGGUGCCUUCCAGGCAGCGCUGCCUUCAAGGCACUACUCCCCUCAGUUUAGGGGUAUGUUGAGGGGGUUAGGGUUAGGAAUAGGGUAAAGGUAGUGCCUUUCAGGCUGUGCUGCCUUCAUGGAAGGUGCCGUUGGGGGCAAAAAACACCAUUGAGCAGUGUUGGCCGCAACACAGACACGUGCACUCAUUGAUGACAACUUUGUGAGUUGUACUCUCAAGAAGCAUAAACAGAUGCUAACAACAUCGACUUUCUUAACAAUCAAAACCAAUGUGAUACAAAUCUGACAGCUGUUUAAUAUUGGCACACUUAAAGGCCAGUGUCUCUGUCUGAGAAUUACGUUUCCAAUACAUGCAAACAGUUAAACAAAGACUAUGUAGUAUUUUCAGUGUUUUCUCAAUGAAAUGUCUUCAUUGCCCUAAAGAGAAAAUGCUGAGGCCAGUCACAUUCAUUUGCUGUUAUGGUACGCAGACCCAGUGCUGUGAUAUUUCUACAUUUACUGUGUAUGCAACUCCAUCUUGCAAAAUUACUUCUUACUUAUGAAAAGGGAAGUGGAGUGUGUGCGUGCGUGCGUGUGAGUGUGAGAGAGUGUGUGUGUGUGUGUGUGUGUGUAUGAGAAGGAGGCAGAGAGAGAAAGAGGUAGUAUGUGUUUGAGAGAGGUGGGGUUUGUUUCUUAGAGAGAGAGAUGUGUGUGAGGCAGAGGGGUGGAAGUGGACUCCUGCCCGUUCUCUCCCACUGUCCCUGACCAUAUGUUUCAGUUUUCAUCUGUUCCUCCACAACUUUGCUAUGCAGUCACACAACUCGCUUAUCUGUUGGGAAUGUUUUUGGAAAUCUUUAUUACACUGUAACGUUUGUUUUAA